UCGUCCCUCCCCCUCCUCGACCCCCUCGUGUCGUCGCAACCCUAGCCGCCAGCGACGGCCACAUUCCCCGCCGCCUCCACACGCCCAGCCAUGACUCGCCCUCCCAUCGUGAACAUCGUCGUCUGCCGAUAGUCGCCGUCGUCCACCGCUGACCAUCUCCUCUGCCGUGACGGGCCCUGGUCCUCCCCCUCCUCGACCCCCUCGUGUCCUCGCAACCCUAGCUGCCCGCGACGGCCACACUCCCCGCCGCCUCCACACGCCCAGCCAUGACUCGCCCUCCCAUCGUGAACAUCGUCGUCUGCCGAUAGUCGCCGUCGUCCACCGCCGACCAUUUCCUCUGCCGCGUCUCCCCGUCCUCUGCCGUGACGGGCCCUGGUCCGCCGCCGUCGACGAGCACCACGUCCGACGUGCUCGUCCUCCCCGACCUCGUUCCCCGACUUCCCGAGAACUUUGUCCAUUUACCAAAGAUCAUGGCAAAGCAAAAGAAGAAGCCUGCUCCCAAGGAUCCUGCACAGUUUCAGAAGCAGCUGAAAAUGAAGCUAUCUAAUGAAUGCAGAAAAUAUGAAAUUUAUCUGAACCGUCAGGAUAUGGAUGAUCUCAAGAAAAUAGCAGAUAAACUGGACGAGGGAUAUUUCUGUUCGGAAGCAGAUAAAACAGUGGAAUUGGAAUUCUAUUCACAAGUUGAGCAGGAUAUUCGGAAGACCAUGAGGAAAGUUUAUGCACGUUCAUCGAAUUGGUCUAAGACUGAAAAGUUAGUUAAGGAGCUUGAUGCUACACUGAAAAUACUUACCGGGGAUGAGCAGAAGAGCCUUUAUGUAGCUGACACGAAGAAACAGCAACAAUUUGUACUUGCACGUAGCUGGCUGGAGAGCAUGCAGCAGAAGCAAAGCAGUUGUAAAAGAUGUGAAGAUCCUGAGCCAGAAUGUGAUGAAGAAACGCAGUAUUGGAUUAAUACUCUCAAUACUGGAAUUAUCCUUGACAAAACAUUAGUAGAACUUGAAGUUGAGAGGUCUACGUUGGAUUUAUUUAAAGAUACAGACAUUGAGCAAGUUUUCUUCAAUCCUCGUACAGCUUCUUUAGCUAAUCUCAUAAAUUAUAUGAGGGAUCGCUUGUGUGAAAAUUCUCAACAUCAAAUAUUUGCAUCAGGAGAAGAUUCAUGCCAUCUACUUCCUUUUAAGACAGCCCCUCAUCAACCACCAAAGUGGAUGUUGGUUGAACUGAGAGAUCAAAGUGCAAAAUGUGGUGUCUACAUGAGAGGCGAUAAUCUGUAUAUCACUGCUUUUCGCAACCAAAAGAAUAUGAUAUAUGAGCUCGUAGAGUCUGAUAAUUUGCGAAUAAUUGAAGGUUCCUUUGUAUUUGGUUGCAAUGCUGAUUACCCUGCACUUGUAAAAUAUGAUAGAGAAGUUGAGGAUCUUCCAAAAGAAGAAGCUGAUAGGCGAUUACUGGAAAUUAUCUUCAAUCUGGAGGAAAAUGCAGCUGAUGUUCAUCUGUUGGCUAAUUAUGACCACACACAAAAGAUGGAUGAUGCUGAGCGACGUCAAGCCAUUGAAAAUGUGCAGAAGGCGCUAAUUCGGAAAAUGGUGGUUUUAUCUGAGGUCUCACGUUUUGUGAACCUUUUUAUAGCUGUGAAUGCAGAUUGGAAUAACAGCAUUGCAUCUCUGACAAAAUUGCUGUUAACAUUUAUGAGGCGAUGGGGUCCAAUGUCGAAGAAAGUCCGUAACAGUAACAGCUCUGAUGUGCUUCCUAAAAGCUUGCAGGAUAAUCUUGGCUUGAAAUUUGUGUCUGACCUAAUCAAGGUUAUGCAUCUUGUGCUUAAUACAAAGCAUCCUGAACUUAAUAAAAUAGGACGCAGUACACCUGCUGAACCUUCUGGUGGCAUCCCUGAAGCGUCUGGAUCAUCUUAUGGUGAUUGCAAAGAAGCUAAGAGCAAAGCUCGACCAUCUAAUGGCAACCCUGAUCCAUCUGGAUCUUCUGAUAGCAGCCUUGGGCAAUCUUGUGGCAGCCAUGCACCAUCCAGGCCAUCUGAUUGCGGCCUUGGACAAUCUUGGCUAUCUGACAGCAGCCCCGGACCAUCCGAUGGCAGUCCUGGACAACCUAGAGUGUCUGAUGGCAGCCAUGCAGAUGGUAGCCCUGAACAAACUGGAGCAUCUGGCAUCUGCCCUGUACAAUCUGGUCUGUAUGUCUUCGCUGAUCCAUCUGGUCUGUAUGUCUUCCCUGAUCCAUCUGGAUCUUCUGAUAGCAGCCUUGGGCAAUUUGGUGGCAGCCAUGCAUCAUCCAGGCCAUCUGGUUGCAGCCUUCGACAAUCUUGGCUAUCUGACGUCAGCCCCGGACCAUCUGAUGGCAGUCCUGGACAACCUAGACCGUCUGAUGGCAGCCAUGCAGAUGGUAGCCCUGAACAAACUGGAGCAUCUGGCAUCUGCCCUGUACAAUCUGGUCUGUAUGUCUUCCCUGAACAAUCUGGGCUAUCUGCCGUCAGCUAUAUAUCAAGUGUGAUUAGCAGCGCAAUUGAAUCUCUCAGGAUGGCGAUCCUAUUUGCACGAUCUGGCAGCAUCCAUCCUUUGAGUCAUCAUCCACUUGGACCUGUGCGCAUACAUGCUCCUUUGGUUCCUCUACUUAGACCAUCUGAUGGUAGCCCUGAACAAACUGGAAAAUCUGGCAUCUGCCCUGUACAAUCUGGUCAUCCUUUGAGUCAUCAUCUACUUGGACCUGUGCGCGUACAUUCUCCUUUCGGUUCCUCCACUUAGACCUUGCAGAUAUGGUCCUUUGCGUCCUCCACUUGGACCUGGGCGCAUGUAUGUACAUGGGCCUCACUUGUGUGCUGGUUUAUGUGAAAUCCCAGAACUUCUCAGAGAGAGUGCAAGUGGCAGGGUGAUUGAUCGGUGUAGGCUUUUGAUCAGCAGCAACCCUAUUCCCCUAGAAUCAGUUGGGGCGUCUGUAUCAACUUUGAGCGGCCAGCCACUCCUGGAAAUAUUGGCGCUCCACACCAAUUUAUGCAAGAUCAAUAGCAUUGGAAUUUAUGAUGAUCGAGGUGGUGUUUAUAUCUACAAAUACAAGAACGGGGAGAAGGAACGGUUUAUUGACAAAAGGGAUCUUUGGCUGUCUAAGCAUACAGAGGGAGGACCUUAUGAUCUCGUGUACAAACUUGUUCCCAUUGGCCCGAGCCGUGCCAUGACGGCUAAUGCAGAGUGCUGGCUACUUGAGGCUGAUGUGCCGAUAGAGUCUUCUUUGCUGCCUAAAACCUGUGCAACAAAGGAAAUGGCAGGUGGAGUGUUCAAAAUGAUAUUAGAUCAUAACGAGGAAACAGUUGAUGAAGCUAAGACCGGUAUCAUCUUAGCCAGGGGAGGAUUUAUACAUAUUAGCUACGUGGUAUUCAGAAAUGCAGUGAGAGCUUCAGUCAGAUUCCUAGUGCAUGAUUAUCACUUGUUUCGUCCUUAUUAUGUGAAUGGCGAGCUGGCUUUACAUGUGGGAGACCUUCCUAUUGGGUUAACUAUUUUCUCAAGUCAAAUUGAGGAUGGUAACUGUUUCACGCCAUGUGAUGCUGCUGGACAGGAUUUCAUGCUUCCUUUAACUCGGAGAGUUAUUGCUUUACCUGUUGAUUCGCCUGUCCGCCUCAAGGGAACUUUGGAGAUUGGAGGUAAAUCCAUGGCUGUAGACCAGUCUCUUGUUCUCAAAAGUGGUAGCACCCAGGUUAAGUGGUCGAUGCAUGCGUCUCUUGAUGCUACCAUAUGUAUCACAGCAACUUCUGCGUUCUAGUCCGCAGUGCCCAGCAGGUCAGGUUAAUGUUUCUUGUAUUUUUAAGCGUUCAUAGUUCUUCAUUACUGAAUCUGUUGAAUUCAAUUUCAAUGCCAACUAACCAAUAAUAGAUCUUGAUUGACCAAAUCUAGUCAUGUAACAAAAUGACCACGCUUAUUCCCGUGUGAAGUUCCGUUAGAUCUUAAUAUCUUAGCCGGUUUCCAUGCAGUCUGGUGUUCUUCUAUUCUGGUGGACAAUUGUCCUCAAGUCAGUAUAUUGUUUCUCUUGCAGUUUAAUUUUUAAUGGAGAAUUGUGCUAUUCUGCUUAAAUAUGUUCUCAACAUAUAUAUCAGCGGAUCAGUCUAACUCUAGCAUAUGUACUUGGUCAUUUGGCCAUUAGCCCAUUAUAUAGUUUGUGUGAUCCAAAGUAGAUAUUGCAAUUGCGUGCUCUCCGAUUUCUUCUCUUUUUGAUAUCAUAUAUCCUUAAUAAUUUGUUAUUCACAAGAAAAACUGCUUUCUGCACAGUUGCAGUUCUUUAUAGUUCAUAUCUUGCAUUAUCAUUAGAAGUACUUGAAGUUCUGUGGUGCAGAGGUUCUAAGAUUGAUUUCUAUUUUGGACCAAGGAUGUAUCAAUAUAUAACAUAAUAUAUGGCCAUGAGCUAGAAACCUGGUAUUUUUGUUUUCUUCUCCAUGAAGCCCUGAUAUAUCCAUGAUAACAAAUAAUAUUUCAGAUGAUCUGAUAAGCUAAGAUUGCAGGGAGUUAUUUAAACCACUGAUCAUGUAGCUUCUACUGAGAUCACAGAGCACGAAAAUUCAGAAUGCAUUAACAAUAUAACUUGAAAGGCAUGCCGUAACACAUUGACUCUUCAUAUGGAUGUGCUCUGUUGGUUUUUUUCCAAUAACACUGAGAUGGGUCAGCUUUGAGCUUUUGGCACAACUUCAACAAUGGUAUUAGCUGAGAUGCAGAAGCGACUUGACUACUGUAGGUUCUUCCAUGUUCUCAGUUUGGCGCAAAGCGUGCACCGGUGGACUUGUAGUUAGCAAUCGCUUAUUUUGUUAACUCACGCCUAUUAUGUACUCCCUCCGUCCCAUAAUAUAAGACCUUACAUUUUGGGACAAAGGGAGUAAUUUCUGUAACAAUUGGCCAGAAAAGCAUGCACAAAGAUGUACUCCCUCCGGUUCGAAAUACUCGUCGCGCUGGUCAAUUUGCAAAAACACCCACCCCUUUAUUCCGACACAACCCACGAUCCUCGCCGCUGCUCUCGCCCCCUCCCGUGACUCUGCUUGCUCCGCCGCGCCAUCGCCGGCCUCCGUGCAGCUCGCCCGCGCCUUCCUCCCGCUCCCUCCUCCCUGCGUAGCUCCUCCGCCCCCUUCUCUACGCAGCUCGCCCGCUCCCUCCUCCGGCUUACUCCUCUGCGUAGCUCCCCCUCUCACUCCAUUGGGAAAAAUGGCAUCUUUCUCCUCUGCAGAACACAGCGCCGCCUAGCACUUCGCCAUGGACGCGCUCAGCUUCGUGGUACCGCGGAUCCUCCUCUUCGCUGUCACCCACGGCUCCGGGGUGUUCAUAGUGCCCUGCCGCAUCCCGCAAGGGCUCCGGGGUGGCUGGAGAUCUGUGGCGGUGGAGGGGAUCGUGUUGUCACCUCGCCGGACGGCUACAAGAAGGUCACCAUAUGAAGACCGCCUUCUUCAUCACCGCUCUAGCGUCAAGGACUGAAUUGAGCUGAAGAAGCAAAGAUCCAGGACAUUCAUAUCAGGUGAAUUUGCAGGCUGCUGCAUCAACCUGAUAUCCAGUUCUGAUUCUGCUACGGCAGCUAGAAAAUCUGAAUCAUCUGGAGGAACAUGUGUUCUUGCGUUAUCUUGCUGGAUGUAGAUGGUUCGAUUGUCUUCGGGCCACUGUGCUUCAAUGGCUGGAAUGACCUUUUCACAUAGGUAUUCCCUCAUCACAUUCCUAGUAACUGUGACCGACUUUAGUUCCUUAGUCCCUUUGAGUCUGUUCUUGGAAUCCUUUUUUGCUGGAGUUUCUUUGAUGAAGGCCCAUACUCCUAUCUUGCCAUCAAAUGUUACAUUUCCUUGAUCAUCAAAUCGUGGCCUCGCAACUGCUGUUAAGAACAUGACCUUGCCGAUACUAUUCUUGUUUUGAACAGUGCGCAUCGGAUCUGGUUCUUCUUCAUGGAGGUAAUAGGUUCUGUUCCUUUUCGUCAUAUCAAACCAUUUCUCGUCGAUGUGAACUAUGUUCUGCAUAUCAAUGAAAGAGGGCAUUGCAUCUGCUAUUGUUGUUUGAUCAAUCAUUGAAAUGCAAAACUUGAGCCUUGAUAGCUUGUUUUCUGGUUUCAGAGUGGGCUUCAGACUGUUUGUGUGUUUCCUUAUCUUUCCCCAUUUGAACCUUCUCCGCAAGGUAGAAUAUGGUACAUCCAGAGACCUAGCGAGUGCCCUCAGUGUAGACCUUUUGUUGAGGGGAAUUGAAGGUAUCCUCGAGAGAUCAAGGAACUCAGUUAACAACAUGUUAUUGGAACUACUCCAAGAACAGAACAGAAUGGCAUGUUAAUGUCAGUUAACAACAUGUUAUUACUUCCAAGAACAAAACAGCAAAACAAAAGGUUUUGAUUUGCUUGCAGAUUUGUGAGUGUGAUCUUCAGAGUGUGAUUUGACAGUCUUCAGAGUGUGAUCACCAUUUCCUUGAUGAACACAACAGAGAGGAACCAGUUGACAGGAACAUCAAAGGAUCAAGAGGACAGUAGCCGCUGCCCGCUGCGUCGAGAGGAUCAAUAGGAACAGCAGAUUACUCACAGUUCAAAUCGCUCCAGCCUUGUGGUAUUUAGAGCACAAAUUCACGCCAAGAGGAGCAGAUGAUCAAUUCGAGUUGUCGGAGCUAUGAACGCCGGAGCAGCGGCGAAGGGUAAGGGAGCUGCGGACGCGGAGCAGCGGCAGAGGGUUAAGGAGCUGCGGACGGCGGAGCAGCGGCGGACCUUGGGCUCUCGAUUGGAGCGGAGGGUGGCGCCGGCGAGGGACCUGCGGCCGACGGGGAAGGAUGUCGAAGUUGCGGUGGAGGGUGAGGGAGCUGCGGACGGCGGAGCAGCGCAGCAACGGCAGACCUCAGUGACGGAGCUCUCAAUUGGAGUGGAGGCAGGCAGCCGGCGGGGAAGGACAACGGCGCUGCGGCGGAGGGAGACAGAGCUGCGGAUGGCGGAGCAGCGCAGCAACAGCCGAAAUCAGGCUCUUGAUUGGGGCGGAGGUAGGCGGCCGGCGGGGAAGGACGGCGGAGCAGCGAAGGAGCUUCCAAGCCACGGGACGAGGGCCAGGAUGGAGAAGAUUCAAAACUGGGAGGACCUUUUUGCAAAAUGUUAUUUCUAUAGCGCUCGCGACAAGUAAUUGGAACCGGAGGGAGUACUGACUUGCUUUGAUUAGCUGUAAUACCUAGUGCUACAUUUUACUUUGUCACGUUACUCAAAGAGUGCCCUCGUCAGAUCUUACCUAGCGCUGGAAAAGUGCGGCGUACACUGCCCCUGUGGCACACCGCUUAGUUUAUGACCUGAUUGUCGUUUUUAUCUUUAUUGCAUGCAGGCCCGCCUCUGUAUUGGGUUUGUCGUUAUUUU